AUGUCCACCUCAUUCAGCCUUAGUACCAUUAUCAUGAUAAUCUUCGUCUUCGUGGUCAUGAUCACCGUGCUCGGCAUACUCUUGCUUGUCAUCGUGCGUGUCCACCGCAGCAACGAUCGUGAUGCUCGCCACUCGUGGUUCUCGGGAUUUCCACGGAGCAAGGAGAGUUCGGGGGAAUACUUGACUGACUCCCUUUCCUGUCCGACGGUUGUUGGUCUUGCUUCCACCAAGGUCUUUCCUGUGAUGCAUGUGACUGUUACACCGCCUACUCCAGCGCGAGUUCCCACACUUCCACACAAGUCUGACCCUUACGAGAAGGUCGAGGUUUACAAGUUGUCUCGCAACAGCCGCAGCGAAGGCAUGGUGUACGGUUAUGCUAUAUGA